CUCUCAUUUGCUUCCUCUCUGUUAUACACUCUUUCUCUAUCAUUAUCUCGUGUUCGUGUUUUUCUUUAACAGCCAUUUCCGGUUGUUAACCACUUUCCUUUACAAGCAAACCGUGUUUGCGUCCUCUCAUUUCGGCUUCGGCUGUCCUACACUCAUUCUCAACGACGAUAUCCGGUACAACAGCAUUGAUUGUCUAAUAUCGUUAUCGUUAUCAUAAUCGAUAUGCGUGUAACAUCUACUAUCACCGGCACUGCUGCUGCAGUAGCUGCCUUCUCUGGCCUGGCAUCUGCAUUCACCGCCAACGCAAAGACUAACGUCGUCACAUACUGGGGUCAAGGUCCUAACCAAGGCAGUCUUCAAGAUGUCUGCAAGAACCCCAACGUUGACAUUGUCAACAUCGGCUUCAUCAAUGUCUUCCCUGACCAAGGAAAGGCUGGCUGGCCUGGCUCAAACUUCGGCAACGCCUGUACUGCCGACGUCUACACCUACAAGGGUACCAAGACCCAGCUCUACUCCAAUUGCCCCAACAUCGGUACCGAUAUCGCCAUCUGUCAACAGGUCUAUGGCAAGAAGGUUCUUCUGUCCAUCGGUGGUGGCUACCCUACAAACUACUUCAUCAACAACGAUACUAGCGCUGCCAACUUCGCAAACUUCCUCUGGGGUGCUUUCGGACCUGUCAAGAGUGAGUGGACUUCGACUGGUGGUCCUCGUCCCUUCGGCGAUGCUGUUGUUGAUGGAUUCGACUUCGACAUUGAGAGCGAGCUCUCUUCCGCACCUGUUGUCAACGGCAAGGCUCUUACCAACUACAAGACCAACGGCUAUGUCAAGAUGAUCCAAACGUUCAAGAACACUCUCUUCCCCAAGGAUUCCAUGAAGCCUUACUACAUCUCUGGUGCACCUCAAUGCAUCGUCCCUGACGAGCACUUCGCCACUGUCGUCGCCUCCGCCUGGUUCGAUUUCCUCUUUGUCCAGUACUACAACACUGCUGCAUGCUCUGCUCGCCAGGCUGUUACUUCCGGUACUUUCAAGGGCUACAACGACUGGGCUGGUGUCAAGUCUUUCAACACUGAUGUUAAGCUUUACGUCGGUCUUCCCGGAAGCACUGCUGCUGCCAGUGAUGCCAGCUACUACCUUAAGCCUUCUGAGGUCAAGUCUCUUGUAAGCAAGGUUUACAGCAACUCCAGAUUCGGCGGUAUCAUGGUAUGGGAGGCUACUUAUGCUGCCAACAAUGUCAUCUGUAACAGAAACUACCUUACCUGGAUGAAGCAAAUCCUCAACGCUCAGGCUGAUGGCACUACCCUAAACACUGUCACCAGCCCUUGCCCUGCUGCUCCUAUCUCCAAGGACGGUACUUGCGGUGGCUAUAACGGAUACACUUGUGCUGGAUCUGCUUUCGGUUCAUGCUGCUCCAAGUACGGAUACUGCGGUUCUUCAGCCGAUUACUGCAGCACUGCCAACUGUGAUUCCAAGUUCGGCAAGUGUGGUGUUCUGUCUUCCUCCAGCUCUUCCAAGAAGGUUUCGUCUACUUCAAGCAACAAGGUUUCUACUUCGAGCAAGAAGGUCUCAUCCAGCAGCAAGGCUUCAUCUUCUGCCAAGAUUGCUUCCGUCUCCCGCGCUGCUAAGUUUGCUGCUGGUGCCAACAACUCCACUCUUCUUGCUGGUACUGGCUCUGCAUCUGCUAUCAUCGCACCUUUCGGAACCGGCAUCGCUGCUGCUGCAGGUACUGGUAACCUCAUCGGAACUGGCGCUACUACUGUCGUCGUUCCCGAGACCAUCUACGGAACUGCUCCUGUCUCUGGUGCCAGAGUCACUCCCUCGGCCGGUUUCCCCCAGGUCGCUCCUUAUGCCAACUCGACCAACCCCAGAUUUGGUAACGCUGCCAACAACGCAAACAAUGCCAACGGUGCUGCUGCUUCUCAGGUUAUUGUUGACACUACAAUCUUUGUUACUCGCACUGUCUACCAGACUCAGAUCCAGACAGUCACUGGUACCAACGCUCAGGGCUCUGCUACCACUGAUUACGUGACUGAGACCGUCCGCGUCUACACUACUGUCACUCCUGUCGUCACUCAGAUCUCGGUUCCCAGCUCAAAUUCGAACAACGCUAAUGGUGCUGGCGCUGCUCAAGUUGUGGAUACCACUAUCUUCGCCACUCGUACUGUGUACCAGACUCAGAUCCAGACAGUUACUGGCACUAAUGCUCAGGGUGCUCCCACCACUAAGUAUGUGACCGAGACUUUCCAAGUCUAUACCACUGUUACUCCCGUCGUUACUCAGAUCUCUGUCGCCAACAAGGCCAAUGCUGGUAACUCGAACUCUGGAAGCUCCUCUGGCUCUUCCGAGUCCACUGUCGCCGACAACAGCGGCAAGAGCUCCAACGGCGACACCAUGCCCGCCCUCAACAACGACAUCCGCUACAGCGCAGUCACCCAGACCGUCUACAAGACCAGUUAUGUCACUGCUACCAUCCGCCAAUCUGUCGUCACAUACACGACUUCCUAUCCCAUCAGCACCAUCAUCAACUACGCACCCACCAACACCAACAGCAUGUCCAGCACCACAACAACAGUCAAGACCACAAAGACAUUCACCGAGACAAUCCGUGUUGGCGGUGCCUCGAACGCUCCUUUCGCCUUCAACAACGCCACUGCCAACAUUUUCGCUCCCAGCGGCACUGCGAUCAUCAACGCCGCAUACACCCCUAACGCCGCUGCUGUCUUUUCUUCUCCUUCCGCCUCCAUUAUUGCUUCUUCUUCAGCAUCCCCAGUCGUCAUCUACCAGACUCAAACGAUCGUUGCCGUGCAAGCUGAAGAAACCACCGCUCUUGCCGUCGCCGCCGCCGGCCCCACCGCCGGCACUGCCUCAAACAGCCGUAUUUACGGUGCUGGAAGCAACAGCACUGCUGCUUUCGAUCGCUCGGCUUUGGAAAUGGAGAUGAAGGCUGUCAUGAAGGGUGCUGCCUCCAACGUCCACACCGAUAUCGGACUUUGCGUGUUGGCGCUGUUUGUCGGUGCUUUCUUCGUCAUGUAAAGGAGAGUGUUUUUGGAAUAAGUUUUUGUGGAAUGUGUGUGGGAAGGACGCUAGUUUCGUUCGUGGAGAGAGAGAGAGAGAGAGGGUGGUNGCU